GCCCGUUCCUCACUCGCCUCCGAGCUCCUGCGACAAUGGUGGAUCUCGCAGCCCCGUCGCCUCCGUCGACAUCGCCGGCGGGCAUCCUCGCCGCUGCGGAGGAUUGAUGGCUGAGAUGGCGGCUGAUGGUGGGCAUGGUGGUGGGAAUCACCCAUUGCGUUGGACAUCUCCAAUGUCUGGGUUCAUGCUACAUCGAUUUGUAGAGCUCAUUGCUGGUGGAGUGAAGACGGACAAGGGCUUUAAGGAGGUGCAUCUAAACCAAGUGGCUAAGAAUUGUAGUGAGCACUUUGGUCUUUCCAUAACUGGGACCCAAGUGUACAACCACCUCCGCAAGUGGCGUGCUAGGUGGGUGAAGAUAAGUAAGCUCCGAGACAUUAGUGGGUCACUUUGGGAUGAUGCCAACUAUGUCAUAUCGCUGGAGGAAGAGCACUACCUGGGUCAUAUCAAGGACCAUCCCAAAGAUGUUGAGUAUCUCAAUGUGCCUUUAGAGAAUUAUGUUCAGAUGCUUGCUAUUUUUGGGAGUGGUAUUGCUACAGGAAGGUAUGCGAUGACAUCUCAUCAGGCUCUUGGGGUUCCUUCAAUGGUAGAAACCUCCCCAUCAUUUGUAAAUCUCGAAAGUUGUGGUUCUGAAUUUGUUGAUGGGAAUGAACCUGGCUCAAGUGCUACUGGUGCUGCUCAUGGGGAAGAUGGUGGUGUUACUGCUCAUGGGAAGGAACCAUGUAAGGAUGCGUCCAGCUCCACUGGCAAAAGGAAGAGGGCUAGCCUGAUGAGUGAAGAAGAAGUUCUGGUCAUGAGCAACAUGUCCGAUGCAGUCCGUGAAGUUGCUAUUGCUAUCAAGUCCACCGGAGAGGCACAUCCUGAACUUUACAAUUCUGUCAUGGAGCUCCCUGGUUUAGCGAGGAUGAUCUAUUGAUUGUCUUGGAUUAUCUCAAUGAGAACGCCAACAGGGCUAGGAGCCACUCAUUCGUGCAGAUGUCAGAGACUCGUCGCACUCGUUGGGCCAUUCACCACCUCUCCAAAUUCAACGGUGGAGUAUCCAUGCCCAAGGAUGGAGUGCCCAAGGAUGGAGUGCCCCUGGGUGGAGCGCCCAAGGAUGGAGUGUGACAAAUAUGUGCUAAUUCACACCAAGCUGACCAUAUUUUACUGUAUUUGGUCAGAAAAACCAUGCCCCCUAUAUAUGUGAUGUAUGAAAUGUAACAUGGACCUUAUGUUAUGUUUCUUUGUUGGACUGUAAUAUGGAUAAUAUGGAUUUCUGGCUAUCUAAUAUGUGAACUCUAGGAUCUAUUGGACUGUAAUAUGACCAUAUGGAUUUGUGGCUCUAUA